AAUCAUGACAGCGUUAUUAUUGGAUGGCAUCGUGAAUGUGACAAAAUGUUCUGGACCAAAUUGAAGGAGACUAAUAUGUGCCCAUAUUUACGUAAAUCCAACGGAUAUCAUUAUCACAUCUGUGGAUGUCAUCGAUUUUCAACCAAUGCCGAUCAACCGCACUACCUCCUUCUCACCGAGAAUAAUAGCAUAUGUUAUGUGCCACAAGAUCAACUAUUGAUACGGCCACCAAAAAAAAUCAAUAAUAUAGAAAUUGGAAGAUAUUUCACUAGAUUCGAAGGCACUUAUUACGUACCGAAUAAAAGCUUAAGAGAACAUUAUCCAAACGACACCGCUGCAAUAGCCAAAAUACUUGCCAAGUAGUUUUUAUUAUCUUAAAUUGUACAACUUAUAAUUUAAUAUAGAUUGCAGAAUAUUUUCGAAAACAUCUAUUGACAUUUUUCUCAAAAAUGUUUUAUUUUCGAGAUUUCGAGAGUUGUUUUUCGUAACACUUUUGGCAAAAAUAUAUUUCUCAAUUUAGCUCU